AUGUCCGCCAUCCAGAAUCGCGCCACUCGCCGCCAAAGUCACAGCGACGAUCCGGAACACGGCCAGACGACAGCGCUGCCUCUCCGUAAUGUCUCCAGCGUGGCAGACCUGCACGCCGCGCUGGCUGCGUUGCAUGACCGGGAAUCAAAGAUCAAGGCCCAGCUCGGCUCUAUGAUUGCUUCCAAGGCCGAUGUGACCCGGGAUCUCGGUCGGCUGGACCUGCUGCGAGCCGGACUUGGCGCCCAAGUCAUCGCCGCCAGAUCCAUCAGCAACGACAUGCUCUCUUCGGCAGCCGAGACCGCGGGCAAGCUGAGCAGCAGGGUGAAGCGCCUCGACCUCGAGAAGAGUCGCGUGGAGGAUACGCUGGGGGUGGUGGAGCAAGUUGCCGAGCUCAAAGCCUGUGUCAAUGGCGUGGUCGGCUCCAUGGGCGCGCCCCAGGACUGGGAGGCGGCGGCGGCCUACCUGUCCAGAGCAAGCAGGGUUCCGGAGCACAUUGUCAGAGGAGCUUUCGCCGCAAGCAUAGUGCCGAGCGUGGAAGUCCCCGACCCGCCGUCAGUCACCUUGGAGAGCGCCAGAGAGUCGCUCUGCGGACUGUUUCUCCGCGAGUUCGAGAAGGCUGCGGGGGACGGGGACGGCACCAAGGUCACGCGCUUCUUCAAGCUGUUUCCCCUGAUUGGGAGAACAGACGUCGGACUGGACGUGUAUGGACGAUAUGUCUGUCAAGGAGUCGCGGGGACCGCUCGCGCCACUCUCAAGGACAGUUUGGGCGGCCAGGGCAGGAAGGAGGGCUUCUUUUAUGCCAAUGCAUUGACAAAGCUAUUUGAGCACAUUGCGCAGAUUGUCGAGAGUCAUGGAGGCCUCGUAGAACGGCACUACGGUGCCGGCAAGAUGGUCCGCGUGAUUGAACGGCUGCAGAUGGAGGCUGACAUCCAAGGCGGCAUCAUUCUGGACACGUGGAGUGACGAAAGAGGCAUCGACAGAAAGAUGACUGACGUCAAAAGCUAUCCCUUUUCCUUCCUUGUGCAAAGCUUCCUUCCGCAAGCUCCUCGGAGCGGAACCCCGAGAGGCGGAACCCCGAGAGUCAACUCUCCCUCCGUCGGAGGCCUGACCAACCCGCGUCCGAGUGAGGACGAGGGUGUCAACAUGAAGGAGGUUGAUGGGCUUUUGAGCGAAAUUGCCGUCAUGCUCAGCCGUUGGUCCCUGUACACACGGUUUCUGUCGGGAAAAUGUAUGGAUGGCAGUAACGAGGAUACCGCCUUGGCUUUGCCCGACUUAUUGAUCAAGUCGAACCUGUACCGCAAAGUCUCCACGAUGCUCACAUCUCCGUACAAUACCAUGACCACCUUUUUCUUUCGCCGGUCCGUGGAGAAGGCUUUUCAGCUGGACGAGUACCCGACGGGCCUGUCCCUGAGCUUGAACAAGUCUCUUGAGGGUAAUGCACCCUUCAUCAUCAUGGCUGUGGACGAUGUCAUGUACAUUGUCAACACUGUGAUUCAAAAAUCCAUGUCGACAUCGCAACGAGAUGUCAUUGCCUCUGUCAUACCGGCUGUCGGCCGAGUCUUGGGCUCCGACUUCAUUGGCAUGAUCCAACGCAAGAUGCGAGACGAGUCAUAUCCUAAACCCGUCCUUCAUGAGGGCUUUCCACCUGCAGAAAAGAUCAUUCAAUUCAUGGUGCUCAUCAACAGUCUAGAUGUUUCCAAUCAAUAUCUGAGUAAGAUUAUUGGAGGCCGAAUCAUGUCCGAGGGGCCAACAAACGGUGCCACCUUGCAAGCAUCUCUGGAGGGGGCUUUCCCAUUUGACAAAGACGUGUCCUUUGUGGCCAAUUCAUUGCUUGCCUUGGAAAGCGGCUUCAUCAGCAAAUCAUCGGAGCUCCUGAAUGAGGGCGUGCAAGUUUUGUUCAGCCAGGUUGUCAAGCUUCGCCUACGGCCAGUUCUCAGCGAAACAUUCCGCGACGCCGACUACGACUUGGGUGAAGAAGAAUUCGCAGAGCUUGCUCGGCAGAACGACAAUGACGAGCAAGAUAUUCUAGGUCAGGUCCGUCGACGAUUCGAGCAUGGCUGGGACCAGCUGAUGAAGCCUAUUGCGCGAAUCAUGACGCCUGGGACAUUUAGCACUCUUCUGGAAUUGACUGCUCGCUACUUGUCCAAGACUUUGGAGAGAAGAAUCUUGACUUAUGCUGGCAGAACAAGCUCGUUCGGCGCCGUCCGCAUAGAGAGGGAUUUUUCAGGCAUCGUCAAUAUCGUCUCCAGGGGUGACUACAGGGUCAGGGAAGCUUUUGUCAAGGUAACCCAGCUACUCAUGGUGGCUAACAUGGAGGAUGAUGAAUGGGAGGAGCUUGCCAAUGGGGUGAACGGAAGUAUAGAGUGGGUGUUGACGGAGGAAGAGCAGGGAAAGGCCAGAGGGCUGGUCAGGGGUUGA